AUGUGGGGCCUAUCGUUAUUGCUUGGCCUUGUCGCCGCCGCACCACACAAGCCCGGCAGGGAACGCGACCUGCCCGGCACCUUUGUGCGCUUCGCCGACCUCGAUCACUGUCCGCCACUCAGGCCACGUCCGAUCCCAACCCGCGUAGACGACGUACGUCCCGACGACUUCUCGGUCGUCAUGGCCCUCGGCGACUCGAUCAGUGCCGCUCUACUUGCGCGGGGCGGUUGGGACCCACAGACGCACACACCUUCCUCGCCACAGGAAGAGGGACAGGUUACCUUCCUUGCACCUUCUGAGCUACAGGCCCCAAAUCCCGGUGUCCCCGAUAUUCAGGAAUGGCGAGGACUAUCCUACGCCGCGGGCGGCGACGAGGGUGCACUCACCAUUCCCAACCUUCUCUCGCACUACAAUCCAGUGGUAGGGAUGAGUUACGGCCGCCACCCGGUGCUGUGUGUUGGUCUUGGCGAGGGAUGCCAUCCUCCCUCCGACGGACUUAAUGGCGCCAUCAGUGGAAGCAUUGCCGCCAGCCUACUUGGUCAGGCGAAAGAUCUCGUGCCGCGAUACAAGGCGCUCAAUGCCAGCGUGAGAGCGGGGUGGACGUAUGUCAAUCUCGCCGUUGGGGCCAACGACAUUUGCGCCUUCUGUCUUUCCUCCAACCUCCCACUAGGGCCUGGAUCACCUGAGGAAUUCGCAGCCGGAGUCUCUGCCGCAGUAGAGGUCCUCCGGCAGCAUAUCCCACGUCUGAUCGUCAACAUCGUCGGCCUCUUCCGCGUUAGCGCCGUGUACAAGCUCACCCUUGACGACCCAUACUGUCAAGGGCCGUACCAUCCUCCCGUUCCCCAUCUCCCACUCGAGUGUUCGUGCGCGACCCUGCCUGGACCUGUGGGCGACUACACGCGUCGACGGAUGGAUGAACUGGGCCAGGCGUACGAUGAGGCUGUGCGCCACCGGGUACGCCAAUGGGACGCCGAGCGGAACAGCACGUUUGCGGCUAUCUGGCAACCUGGAACGGCGCUCGACCUCGAGCACUACCCGAUUGAAGCAGUGUCCCCCAUCGACUGCUUCCAUCCGUCUGAGGAGGCUCAUAAGCGACUAGCAGCAGGCGUGUGGAAUCGCCUCGUACUCCCACAGGCCUACAAGACGUUCCCCUUCGCAUGGGAGGGUGACGUGUGGGUGCGGUGCUUGGAGGCCGACGACCGUGUACAGGUUAGACAGGUGUUGUAG